GAAUUCCUGCUCCGGUGCACAGGUCUCUAGCAAAUGGCUUUCUGGGCGGCAGUUCUCUGUGCGCUGUUAGCCUCAGUUCUCGGUGGGCUCUAUCUCCUGGGAGCCUUUCGAAGAAGGAGACCCAUGGAGCCUCCACUGGAUAAAGGCCACAUUCCAUGGCUGGGGUACGCACUGGAUUUCAGAAAGAACAGCGCAGAGUUCCUGAAAAAGAUGCAGAGGAGACAUGGGGACAUUUUCACAGUGCUGAUUGGAGGCUACUACUUCACCUUCCUAAUGGACCCCCUCUCUUUUGGAGCCAUAGUGAAGGCGUCAAAAGCCAAACUCGACUUUGAGACGUUUGCCGUAGAACUGGUAGCCAGGGUUUUUGGGUAUCAACAGUGUAAAAAUGACCAUAAGAUUAUUCAGGUGUCAAGCACAAAACACCUCAUGGGAGAUGGGCUAGUGGUCAUGACUGAGGCCAUGAUGGAGAAUUUGCAGACCCUCAUGUUUCACAACAGGGACUCAGGAGAAGAGAGACCCUGGCAGCAGGAUGGGCUCUUCCACUACAGCUACAACACUGUCUUCAGGGCUGGCUACCUGGCUUUGUUUGGAAACGAGCCAGGCACAGAGACAGAGAGUAAGGAGAAAACCAAGGAGCGUGAUCUCAUCCACUCUGAAGAGCUGUUUGAUGAGUUCCGGAAGUACGACCUCCUCUUCCCCCGCCUGGCCUAUGCUGUGCUACCCCCUAAGGAUAAAAUGGAAGCGGAGAGGCUGAAGAGGCUCUUCUGGAAGCUGCUUUCUGUGAAGAACAGCCGUGAGAAGGAUAACAUCAGCGGGUGGGUAAGCGACCAAGAACAGUUCCUGGCAGAACUUGGGGUGCCUGAGUACAUGCGGGACCGAUUCAUGUUUCUGCUUCUCUGGGCGGCCCAAGGCAACACGGGCCCGAGCUCCUUCUGGCUUCUCUUGUAUCUCAUGAAGCAUCCCAAAGCAAUGCAGGCUGUGAGGGAAGAAGUGGACAAAGUUUUAAGAGAGGCUGGCCAGGAAGUGAAGCCAGGUAGCCCUGUGGUUAACAUCACCAGGGACAUGUUAAUGAAAACCCCUCUUCUGGACAGCGCAGUGGAUGAGACCCUGCGCCUGACAGCAGCUCCCAUUCUGAUCAGAGCAGUGGUUGAGGACCUGAAUCUCAAGAUGGCCAAUGGCAGGGAGUACGCCCUCCGCAAAGGGGACAGGGUAGCCCUGUUUCCCUACAUCGCAGUGCAGAUGGACCCCGAAGUCCAUCCUGAGCCUUACACCUUCAAAUACAACCGGUUCCUGAACCAAGAUGGCACCAAAAAAGAUUUCUACAAGAAUGGGAAAAAGCUGAAAUACUUUAACAUGCCCUGGGGGGCAGGCACCUCAAUCUGUCCUGGACGGUUCUUUGCUGUCAAUGAAAUAAAACUGUUUGUGUUCCUGAUGUUGUCUUACUAUGAGUUGGAGCUAGUUAACGAGAAAGAGGAGAUCCCACCGAUAGACGUGAGCCGAUGGGGAUUUGGUUCGAUGCAGCCCACUCACGAUGUCCAGUUUAAAUACCGUCUGCGUAUUUAAUUUGAAAACAUGACCCCCUUCUGCUGCAGCCCUGUUGCGUACUGGCUCCAUAAUUCAGUCAAGAGGGAUUGAUUUGUCAAGCUGAAUUGCAAUAAAAGUUACAGAAGAGAUUGGUCUGUGUAAAGAUCUUCCAUACCUGUUAGAUGGUUAUUAUAACCUGUCUCUUUAUUUGGCAACACAGCACUGCUCAGAACGUUAAUGUUCACUCUACAUGUUACUCUCACCUUGGAACUCUCCGACUCACUGCAGAAAUUCCCCUAUCUCCUGUUACAGAAUUGUAAGGGGCUGUGUAAGUGAAUGCUUGCUGACAUGCAAAGAAAACAAGAGUGUUAGUGAAUUUCCUGAAGGAAAAUAGGAAUAGGGAGAGUUUCCUUAGCAUGGAUUUAUGGGUUUUUAAUUCUUCCACUCUUCUUACUGUAAAUCUGAAAUGUCUGACUGUGCAUUUAGAUAUGGGGGGAGGGAUAGCUCAGUGGUGUGAGCAUUGGCCUGCUAAACCCAGGGUUGUGAGUUCAAUCCUUGAGGGGGCCAUUUAGGGAUUUGGGGCAAAAAUUGGGAAAUGGUCCUGCUUUGAGCAGGGGGUUGGACUAGAUGACCUUCUGAGGUCCCUUCCAACCCUGAUAUUCUAUGUUUCUAUUAAAAUAUAUAUUGAAUGGACAUAGGACAAAUACAUUCUUUAUAUAGGGAUUAGGAACAAGGAUACCAGAGAUUAAUUUAAAAUUGUCUUGACUAUAAUCCCGCUGUACUUUGCUAAAUUUUAUUUUUAUUAAAAGAAUGCUGUCAGCCUGUUUAGGUCCCAGGAAUUAUUAUUCUUUAAAGCAGAGGUUGUAUUGGGAAUGAAUCUGGCAAUUUGGCACAGUGACAUUUUCCUAGGACUUACUUCUCUCCUCCCAAUACUCUGCUUGAUAAGAAAAUGGAACAAUCCAGAAGUCUUGCCGGUUUCAUUUGGCUGCUCCACUUGAGUGAGCAGGAAUAGGACUUUUACAAAUAUAUCAGAGCAAAAAGUAGUAUAUGUACAAUUUUCAAAAGUGCCUAAUUCCCAUUUUCAGUGACUUAGUGACCUGUGGACAGAUUUUUAAAGGUAUUUUCAAAAACGUAGCUGCUUUUGAAAAUUUUACUCCUAGAAAAGUAGUUCCAUUAAUAAAUUAGGAGGGAAAUAAAACUGAGGAAUCACAAAUACGUGAGCUAUUCUGUUCCUUUUCUAAAUCUAGCCUCAGGAGUAAAAGUCUGUACAAUUAGGAAGCAAUGAAAGACAAGCUUUUUAAAAUACCUCUUGAUAAAAAAUUGGAAAAUUUGAACAUACACAAAUCAGUCAGUCCAGAUGACAGGAAAAAUUUUCACCCAACUGCCCUCAGCUUGUGUGUUACUUAUUUGGGCUUUGAUUGAACAUUUCCCCAUGAUUUUACUGGGAAUAGAAGGGAAGCUUACUGGACAUGUAUGGUCAGACUAACUCUUCUUGCUCCUUUGCACUCAAACAAAAUUUUACAUGCUGUGUCCUAGGCUGUUAAAGGAAUGAACUAUAAAGCUUAGUGAACAAUUGACAAUUGGUUUUAAGAAGUUAUGAAGAUCUGGGGAGGUGACAGAAAACUGGACAAAAGGAAAUAUGGCAUGAGGUAAGAAGAGUGUUCCUGACCAUUCAUGUUUAGUAAGGUUAACUUUUAUUUCUUGUAAAAUAACAAACACAUCUUAAGAGAAGAAUCACCGAUCAUCUACAGGCAAUAAGAAGAAAACUUUUGGAAGGAAUGAGAGAGUUGGUGGAGGCAGGGCUUGACUUGUGUUUAGAAGAACUUACAAUUCAGAACCAUCAAGCUGUGCCCCUAGGUAAUCAUGUAAUCUUAUUACUUUUAUCACCAGCAUCCCAUCCCACUCCUCUCCUCUUGUUUGUUACCUGGGCUGUAAUUUAACAAAGCUGUUAAGCAAGUACUUAAC